AUGAAUUACAUGCUGAUAGGAGCCCUGAUGCUGCUUAACGCGUCAGCCUGUUUGACAGUGCCAGCAUCGCCGGCUCCUCCCGCACACGUCAUUUUUGACUCUGUGGAUUUUAAGGAUGUACUCCGCUGGACGCCAUCUGCCAACAGCAGCGAUGUUCGCUACGACGUCCAGUGGAAGAUUUAUGGUGUUGCCGAGUGGUUGGACGUUGCCAAGUGUCAGGGCAUUCGAGAGCCAAGUUGCGACCUCAGUGGUGUCACCUCCAACCCCCGAGAGUGGUACUAUGCUAGAGUCAGAGCCUCCUCCCCAUCCCCGUCUUCCAAGUGGGUCCUUUCCCUGAGAUUCAGCCCUCGACUAGACACCAAAAUCAGCGCACCUCAGCUGGGGCUGAAUGUUAGCGAGCAAGGGAUCGUGGUCCACGUGGCAACCCCUCAGGCCCUGACCAGGAAGUUGCAAAGCAGCCGCCUUCACAACACUCUGAUCUACAAUAUAUACCUGCUCAAUCAAGCGGGUCAAGAGGAGGUAUUUAAGCUACGUUGCUGCUCAGGUAGUCUUCUGGUGAGCAAAGUCAAGCACAAGACUAAAUAUUGCUUCCAGUCACAGAGUGUCCUACAAAUGCUGGGACGUGACAGUGCACGUGGACCCGCAAAGUGCAUCACCACGCUCUGA